CCGUCAUCUCUUUGUCUUCAUAUGUUCACAGCCUGCUGUAGAUGAUGUGUUUACACAGAAGAUACACGAGACGUGCUGUGUGGUUCACGUGCUGCUGAGUUUAAUGGACGUUAACGCAAAGAAGACAGCCAGCAUACCGGUUAACGUUAGCAUAGCUGCUAGGGCAGGAUGGGAGCCUCCUUGUCCAUCGCUGCUGCUCCGACAGUUAGGGCAGAGGCCAUGAUGGCCGCCCCUCCUCAGGGCUGCCCCAUGCACCAAGAAGCCCCGCCUGUCAAAGUUUCUCCGCCUACAGAGUGUCCCAUGCAUCAAGCUCCGCCUGUGAAAGUGUCUCCACCUGCAGAGGGUCCCAUGCAUCAAGCGCCGCCUGUGAAAGCGUCUCCUCCGACAGAGUGUCCGAUGCACAAAGCAGACGCAGGUCCAGCUCACCAGGACCGGGCCUACGACUUUGUGCAGUGUCCCAUGAAGGGGGCAGAAGGCAUGAAGAGUGACAUCGACCCGGCAAACAUGAUGCCUCCUCCUAACCAAGUCCCCGCUCCAGACCAGCCCUUCGACCUCGCCCUCGCCAGAGAGGAGUCCUCCAUUCCUCGCCACGACGCCCAGAACAAGUGGGUCUACCCGUCUGAGCAGAUGUUCUGGAACGCCAUGCUGCGGAAAGGGUGGCGCUGGCGUGAAGAUGACCUCGCUGCUCAAGAUAUGACCAACAUCAUCAAAAUCCACAACCAGAACAACGAGCAGGCGUGGCAGGAGAUCCUGAAGUGGGAGGCGCUGCACGCCGGUGAGUGUCCGUGCGGUCCGACCUUGAAGAGGUUUGGUGGUAAAGCCAAAGAGUUCUCCCCCCGGGCUCGUGUCCGUCACUGGAUGGGCUACGAGCUGCCUUUUGACCGCCACGACUGGAUCAUUGACCGCUGUGGGAGGGAGGUGCGCUACGUCAUCGACUACUACGAUGGAGAAAUCAACAAAAAUAACUACCAGUUCUCCAUCCUGGAUGUGCGCCCCGCCUUUGACUCGUUAAGCGCCGUAUGGGACCGGAUGAAGGUGACCUGGUGGCGCUGGUCCUCCUAAAGGACUGGUGGAGCUCAGGGUGGAGGACUGACACUGCUCAGCUCUACAACAUGUGUGCUGUGAACACAAGACUGGUGACAAGAACUCCGUCAGGCUGUGACGUGUUCACGUAAAGAGGUUCAUCUGCUGACCCUUCAUGGCUGAUGUUUGUGUAGAUGUUGUAGCUCCUCAUCACAUUCAAACACUCAUAUUCACCUGCAGUUCUAAAUUCAUCUGAGAGUUAAAGACGUUGUGGUUAAAGGUCCACAAGAAGUGGAAUAUAAUUAUCUUAGUUAUGUUUUCAUUAGUGGAGAAUCCUCACUAACCUUACACGUGUUGGUCAUCAAUACUUUCACACAAAUCUCAGAUAUCUGCUAAUAAUCCUCCACACUGACGACAUCUGAUCCUUAUUGGUGGGAUAACACCUGGACAUGAUGCUGUUAGGGCAUAUAUAUACAGUAUAGUUAUAUUUUUUAAAGGGCCAGGAUAUAUUCGAGCCUCACUAUUAAACUCUGUGACGUCUUCAGCUGCAGAUGAGCUUGUCCUGGAGAAUUACAUUCUUACAGCUUCAUUUACUGUAUUUCUUCAUAUACUGUUUUACUGUAUUACUGUUUUACUUUCAUGAUGGGUAUAAGGCUUGAAUGUACUUUUGCACUGAGAUAUUAACAUUUCAUCUGCCAGAAGUCUUAGUUUGACCCUUUGUAUUUAUUAUUUGAUGAAUGAGACUUGUUUGUGCAGAAUGUUUUUGCUUUUGUUCUUGUUUGUAAAGAUCAUUAAAGUAUGAAUCGAGCACCUGA